AUGAGUUUGGAGGAGGAGCGAAUUCAUGCCUGGUUCUCUUUGGCCAGGACCAUCUUGUCGGAAACUGGAUGGGAGGCAGCAGCUGCUUCAGAGGGGAUGCAGGGUACACUGGGUACACUUUCGCAUCGCCCACGGCCGUUGGGUGGACAUUUGAUCAAGUUCGACUUCCCUUCCAUUCUCAUUGAGGGGGCAGCGACGUUGCCACCGGAGAACCUUUUGGUCCGUCCAGAGGUGCGUGGACUGUUGGAGCCCGAGUGGCCGCAACUCACAAGCGUGGGGGAUUUCAAGUUUCGUACAUUGAAGGUUUUCAGCCCGGGCGAUGCCAUGGUGCACCAGGAGGUUCGCUUGCCCAUCUUGCGUACUUGCGAAUUGCUUUUUGGCGAUUCCACGCCUGCCCGGCUGAUGAGCAACUUCUUCUACAAUCCGAGACGCUGUUGCUUCCAAUUUCUGGGGGCUUUCCUGUCCUGGGCAUUGCGGCUCUCCUGUCAAUUGGCAAUUGCCAUCAAUAGCCUGGACUCUAAGGUGGACCUGCUGAUCACUAAGGUGGAACAGCUGACACUAAGGCUUGAGGUCUUGGAACAGGCCCUUGAGAGGCCCCGCGUUGCUGCCCCUUCGGAACCGGCCGUGUCUGCGGCAGGCUCCAAAAGCUCUCAGUACGACGGCCUUGCUGAGCAGAUCCCUCCUCUUCCUGGCUGGGUUUUGGACCUUUGUGUUUCUCUGCAAGACUGCUCUCUCACAAAGCGGGAGCGAGCAGAACGAGCCUGGGAGUCAGGCACCUGGGCUAGAUUUGUUUUGGAGGGCCAGAUCGGUGUUCCACGUCCAUCAAAGCCUAUCGAGCUGCCCAACAAGAUCUACGUCGUCCUGCGAGCUCCGGGAUACAGCUGCCCUCUCUUUUGUGAAUCGGCAGCGACCUACCGUGCAGUGGUCAGGGAGUUCAAAGGCACUCUCUCGCACGGGCUCAUGGGUCCGGGAGUGGAUACCGAGUCAGAGGAUGUGGAGGUCCUGGUGAUCGAUGCAGAUGGCGCGGUCCUGGCACAUUUGAUGCCUUUGCCAGACCCUGUGCCAGACAAUUUUGUGUCUUUUGGUCCAGACCCUGCACAGCUCCCAGAGUUCAACGGGCUUCUGCAGUUCACAAGGGAAUGGAUUGCCGGUAUGCAGGACGAGCAAACCAUGGCCUUCUACUCUGCGGUCGAAGAACCUCAGCAGAAUGGUCAGGGGGAUCCAGCUUCUCCUACAGCCACAGCAGGUCCAAAAGCAGCCACAAAGCAGAAGGCGAAACGUACAACCACCGCUGCCCUAGCAGAUCAGUUGGCUCAGGUCGCAGAUGUUUUGCCCCAGCUCACCAAGCAAAUCAUGGCCCUGCAGAGAGAUCAGGAAGAGAUGAGGUCUCAAAUGGUUUUGCAGUCUCAGGCAGUUCCGCCGAGGGCCAGUCAGGUUCCAGUCUCCGCCCCAUUGAGGAGCUUUGCAAAGAUGAUGGGGAGCCCUCCAAGGACGAAGGUGAAGAUGUCUCCUCCAUUAGGAGCUGCAGAGAAGGAAACCCAGGAGGAGGGGCUCCCUCUAGAGGAUGCAGAAGGCCAACUGAGCCCGGGCGGAGGUUUCUUAGCCCAAGCUGUCCUGGAGCAGUCGAAGGCCCUCACGAACCUGGUUUCUCAACUUCAGACAGGAGGAGAUCCCUUGCUAGAUGGGCAAGCAGGGCCAUCCAACAUAGCUUUGGGGUCAAGAGGGGCUCAAGGGCGCGAAAAGUUGCAGAUGGAGCUAUCCACAAGAUCAGGAGGAUUUUUCCUGGCGGUGUUGCAGAACGCUUUCAAGAGGAUGCGGCCAGCAGCAAAGAUCCCAGUCUCAAUUGCGGCCGCCCAGGAAAUGGACAUAUCCAUGGUGACUUACUUGGAGAAGUUCGGUGGCUACGGGCAGUCGCGAGAAAUGGGAUUGGUCCAGUACUGCCUGGCCCACAUCUUCGACAAUGCGCUCCAGAACGACAUGGAUGGGGUGAGGGAGCACAUCGCUCUCCUGAUGACUGCAGUGGAGCAGGCGGUUCAGGAUGGCAACAAGUGGGAGUUGGCCUACCAGCUGACUCUGCUGGAGGAGCCCCCCUCUCAGAUGUGGGCUUACCGCCACUCCAUCACCCAAACCAGGCUGAGGGCUUUUGCCCCGUUGUGCCCGCAACGAUGGGCCACAGUUGCGUUGGCCUACGCGAAAGAAGUGGAUUUUAUACAAAAUCACAAGAACGAGAUGAACAAGAGAUCCACUCCAUCUCAGCCUUCGCAGGAGGGCAAGGAGGAAAUGCAAACAGCAGGAAAGAAGAAGAGGACUGCGAAGUCCGGGAGGGAGGAUGGGUAUCAUGACAGAGCUCUGACGGAGCGAGCGCCAUGGCCUGAUUCUGACGAAGGCCAAAAGGAAAGCCAUGCACCUGGACCUGAAUUUGAUGCAUCUUCCUUGGAGGGAAGAUCGAGCUCUCUCGCAACCGCCUUGUUCCCCAUCCCUGUGCCAUUUUUGGGUGUUUGGGAUUGUGGCCUGAAGAAGAUGAACGCUGCAGCACGGAGGUUGGCUGCAAAGAGGAAGCUUUUGCAUGUAGCCGUGAUGGCUCUCAAUUUUAUGCAUGACAGAGCUCCUUUGAAAAGUUUGGGGCUUCUUCAGAGGCGUCCGGCCUUGCACCACAUUGCUGUGUAUGAGAGGCUGAUGACGAUCAUCAAGGCGAGCGUCCUAUCCGAAGUUGCUACAAUUGCGAGGUGUGGACGGAAGAGCCAUCAAUUAGAUGCAAGGAUUCACGAGCUGUACAAGGUGCUUGUAGAUGAGGGCCUUACUGAAAAAUCAAAGUACCACCAACUCAGCUCAGAAGCUCCUGUUGACCUUUGCAAUGACAAGGCAGAAGAGCUUCGGCCCUAUCGUUCCUUGGAUGCCUCUCGUUUGAAGAUUACAGGCCAGGGCCAGUGGGACUGCAGGCCUUUCAUGGGAAGCUUGCUGUAUAUGCCAUUUGUGGAGCCACGUUUCAAUGAGUAUGACAUUGUUCCCCCUGAUGACAUGUGUCCUGAUGUUCGACAUGAAGAUCCAUACGAGGUCGACAAGUUGGCAAAAGUUUGGGAUGCAAAAGGUCUGCUCAGGCUUGUUCCGGAUGCACUGGCUCCUAGAGACUACAGGUUCUACAGCAGGGUCUUCAACAACUAUAAGUCGGUUUUGGUUGACCGUCAGAUUGGGGAUCGUAGAGGCCAGAACUUCAGAGAGGGGCGCCUUGGCCAUGGACCCUCUCAUGAUCUUCCCACUGGAGUCUCUCUCUUGCAGAUCAUGCCAAAGCGUUUUGAGGAGGGCCUAAAGGGGUACGUGACAGACCGCAGAGAUUUCUACCACCAGUUUCAAGCAACGUGGGAAAGGAGUUUGACGAACGUGGUCUAUCCUUUGAGGCCCUUGUCAGGUUUCAGAGAGCUUGAUGCGUUUGAGAGAUGCUUGGAAGUUUUUGGGAAGAAGAGGAGGAAACAUGAUCGUUUCAUGUCAGGAGACUUUCUCCAUGGAAAGAGGCGCAGCAUUUUGGUGGAAGAAGGCUCAAAGGUUGCAGUUUCAUUUGGGUCUCUUUUUCAAGGUGACCACCUUGGUGUUGAGUUUGCAUGUGAUGCUCAUCAAAACCUGCUCCUUCACUACGGCUUGCUCAACCCGACAUGCAGGCUGACAGCUUCUCAAGCAAUUUUGGAUGAUACAGUAGUAGAAGGUUUGGUCAUUGAUGACUACUUCGUUGUUGCCAAGCAUGUCCUUGGAGAAGCUUUGAAAACGUGUGGCGGGCAUGAGCGCCUUGUCCAAGCCAAGGCAGCCUAUGAGGAGCAGAACAUCUAUGGGUCAGAUGACAAAGAUGUUUGGGGUGAGAAGGUCUUCAAAGUUGUGGGUGCAGAAAUUGAUGCGCGCGAUGAGCUGGUGAGAAAAGGUGCGGUGUUGUGUGGAGUCCCAGCUGACAAGAGGAUGGCUUUGGCAUCUGUAUCGGCUUUGGUGUGCUCAUGGCCCUGCACCUCUGACAGCUUGCACCCCAGCAUUGUUGGGUCUUUGGUUUCUGCAUUGAUGUUCCGCAGACCUUUGAUGGCCAUCCUGAAUGAAGUUUUCCACGUGAUCCCUGCGCAUGAGCUUGAUCCUCUUCGCCCUGUGCUCAGAAAGCUCCCUCGGAAGGCAGCACAAGAGUUUGCGCUGGCGGCUGCUCUCUGUCCUAUCAUGGUUUCAAACUUGGCAGUAGAUGUGGAUAGCAAGCUCUACGCGACAGACGCUUCCAAUAGUAUGGGAGGUAUUGCCUCCACUGAAGUCCCUGACCAUGUGGCAAGGUUUCUCUGGAGAACUGCAGACAAGAAAGGGGCCAACAUCCCGAUUCUGUCCCGUAUUCAAGCCUUGAUUGCUACGUACGAAGAAGCUCCAGAGGAUUCACACUUGAUGUUGCAGCCAGGAGGGGACUGUGAACAGGUGCCCAGACCUAUUGGAUUGAGGUUUGAUUUCAUUGAGGUUUUUGGAGGAGCAGGGGUUGUGACGAAGUACUUGUGUCAGAUGAACGUCGUUUGCGCCCCUGUCAUGGACAUCUCAUUUAGCCUGCAGUAUGACCUCAUGGAUGUCAGAGUUGUGGAGUGGCUCAUUUUCAUGUUGGAGUCAAAGAGGAUACAUGCAGUGCUUUUGGCACCGCCUUGCACUACGUUUUCUCCAGCUGCUUAUCCUCCUUGCAGGUCGUAUGAGAACCCAUUGGGCUUCAACAGAAGUGAGUUCAAGGUCUACCAUGGAACCAAGCUUGCACAUGCCUCUCUUUGCAUCAUGUUCACGACUAUGCGUACAGACUCUUUAGGCCUUUUGGAGCAGCCGAGACGUUCAAAGAUGCGGUGGCUCGCUACCUGGAAGCGACUGGUGGAAAUGGGCAUGGAGGAGCAUUUUCUGGCUAGCUGUUCUUUUGGGAGCAUUCACAUGAAGGAGUUUUGUUUUGCGGCCGUGAACAUGCAAGCUGAAAGCCUUGAUAGGCCAUGCACAAGGGAUCACAACCACAUCAAGAUUGAAGGCAAGUUCACCAGACCUUCAGCUACGUAUGUGGAUGGGUUAGCAUAUGAGCUUGCCUGCGUUUUCAAGAGGAACCUUGAUGCCAUGCACAAGGCAUUGCAAGCUACCGAGGUUGCAGUUGAGGGCCUUGAGGAUCCAGUGUCAAAUGACGUUGCUCUUGCCUAUGAAUGGAAGGUCGAAGACAGCUGGAGAUGGAAGGGCAGUUCCCAUAUCAAUGUUUUGGAAACUGCCAGCACUUUGAGACUGAUGAGAAGGCUUGCGCGUGGAGGAGGAGAUGUGCGUGCCACCUAUCUGGGUGACUCCCAUGUGUCACGCUCUUGCAUGGCCAAAGGGAGGCUCAUGCCAGCCGAUCAUCCUUCCAGAGGUGCCAGUAUUCCUCCUCCAGUCCCGGCCUCAAUUGUCAAGUGCAGAGACUCUAGGCAGGCGGCAAGGGCUGGAAUAGAACUGGGCGAUGGCAGGCGAACAACAGAAGCGACAGCUGCAGCAAGGACUGACCUUCUGUCUGUGCUGUGCAACUGGCUGGCUGAAAGGGAAACUGCUUUCGAAGAUUUGUUUCUUGCAAAUCCACCUGACCUGGACAAGAUCAACCAAGUUCUGACCGAAUAUGGCAGGUGGCUGUUCAAGAAAGGAAAGCCGUAUUACCAUUACAGCGAGACCAUUAACGCUGUAUCUUCGAGAAGGCCAAUUCUGAGAAGGGCUUUGCAGCAAGCUUGGGACUUAGCUUUCAUGUGGGGAUCCUAUGAACCUACGGAGCAUCAUGUGGGGAUGCCUUUUCAGAUCUUGCUGGCGGUGCUCAGCACGAUGCUGAUAUGGGGCUGGACCCGUGAAGCUGCUUGCAUGGCCUUAGCGUGGGGUUCAUUGCUACGAAUUGGAGAGGUGUUGAAUGCGACCAGGAAGGAUCUCAUUCUUCCUGAUGAUGUUGCUGGAUCAAUAUCCUAUACUCUGCUACGUAUCAAAGAACCAAAGACGCGCUUCCGUGCAGCGAGGCAUCAGGCAGGUAAGAUGGAACAACCGGAUCUGAUUUCUGUCGUGCAGCUGGGAUUUGCGAAGCUGAAAAACAGUGAGCCGCUUUGGCAUUUGUCAGGAGCAACACUGAGACACAGGCUUGAGAAAGUCCUAGCUGCUUUGGGUCUGCCAUAUCGCUCAGGUCAAAAGCCGAAAGCCUUGACACUGGCUUCGCUGAGAGCUGGAGGUGCGACGUGGCUCAUCACAGCGACAGAAUCAGCAGAUUUGGUGAAAAGGAGAGGAAGGUGGGCAUCCCACCGUAUCAUGGAGAUUUAUCUUCAAGAAGUGAGUGCAGCGACGUACCUGAAUGAUCUGGACCGACACGUGCGACAACAAGUGUUGGAAGCUAUGGAGCUUUUUCCAGAAGUUCUGCAAAAUGCGAAUCAGGUACUUGCACGGCAGCUGCUGCGACGGGACUUUCCGGAGCUGGGGACGUGGCAGGAAUAUAUGACCAUUGCGAGCCGAAGCGGGACGCAGGGCGAAGAUGCCAUCUAUCGCAUGGUAGUUUGCUUCAGUGUGCCGAAGGACCUCCCGCGGGCCAAUUGGGCCAGUCCCUUCUACAGCAGCUUGAUCUCCUCAGCCACGCAGGUGAUUUGUCAAGUUUUGAAUCGGCCUGGUGUCAAAGCAUUGCGAGACUUAGAUGCGAAUUUCUACAUCAUCCUCUCCUUGCGCAACUUCAAUCGUGGGCCACCCAUGCUGCCAGCAGACUCCCAGGAUUCAGUGAGUAUGAGUAUUUCGGGUGGAGAUCUGGGUUUGUGCUGCUGGACGGACUAUAGGAUGGAGGGCACCAAAUUCCGCUUUCCUGAGUAUCUGCGGUGUUUCCUGAAGAAGUUGUCUCUUACUGCAGACAUCUGGGACUCCUUGGACGGUCGAAGAUUGGUUCCCUACCAGUGCGUCAUGCAGCGCACGGAGUGGGACCAGAUCAAGGACCCACUUGCCGUGCCGUGGGGGGGUGGAGCCAGGGCGGAUUGUACGGUGAUCUACUUGGUGGCGAACUACCCACUUAGUAAGUGGGUUAUAACCCCAGUUAUAAAUGGGAUAAGUAGGGUUAAUCCACUUAUAAUUGGGUGGGUUAGUGAACUACCCAGUUUUUUGAGUGGAUUAACCCGCUCCUUGUCCCAUGUAAAUCACUGGGGUGAACUAACCCACAACCACGAGCCGUGGAAUGAGCCACCAAGUACCAAUCCUUUUUUUUGGGGGUUCUGA